AGAGCUCCCACUACACUGCAAUAGCCUUUCUAAAGGCACAUAUCUCAUACCUGCAAGUUUGUUGAAAACACAAUACAAUCAUCAAUUAAUUAAUAGCCUCUUCACUAUGCUUCCAAAGUUGUUCUUCAUCAUUUCUACACUAAUUUCCUCCUUCAUCUUCACUCAUUCUUACACCCAUUGUCUUCACCAUCAGAAAAUCUUGUUGCUUCAAAUCAAGGAUGAGCUGAGCUUCGAUUCUUCUCUUUCAACAAAAUUGGUGCGAUGGAAUGAAAGUGAUGAGUGCUGCAAUUGGAACGGUGUGGAAUGUGAUGCUGCUGGCUACGUCGUUAGUUUGCAGCUCGAUAGUGAGUCCAUUUAUUCGGGUGGAAUCGCGGAUUCAUCGAGUCUGUUCAGACUUAUGAAUUUGCAGAAGCUAAAUCUAGCCUACAAUGAUUUCAACAACACUCUCAUUCCUAAAGGUAUUCACAAUCUGACUUAUUUGACACACUUGAAUUUGUCAAAUACUGAGUUUAGUGGCCAGGUUCCACUCCAACUUUCCUUCUUGAGGAGAUUGGUUUGUCUCGAUGUCUCCAAUAAUGCGUAUCGGGACCCUCUAAGUCUUGAGUACCCAAAUUUGGAGAUGCUUGUCCAAAAUCUUACAGGCCUUCGAGAGCUCUAUCUUGAUGGUGUGAAUGUUACUUCCUCUCAUGAGAGGAAAAAAUGGAGCCACAUUAUAUCAUCAUAUUUACCCAACCUCACUGCGUUGAGCUUGAGUGGUUGUGGUUUAUCUGGGCCUUUAGCUAAGUCCUUUUGGCAACUCCAUUCCCUUUCCAUCAUUCGACUAGAUUUGAACGAUCUUGGAACAGAACUUCCAGACUCGUUCGCCAAUUUUCCAACUUUGACCACUUUGUCUCUUUCUGGUUGCAGUUUGAAGGGUUCGAUUCCAUCCACCUUUGCUAACCUAACCAACCUGAUUGAUCUCGAUUUGUCAUAUAACUUCUUCACAGGCUCACUUUCUUCUACGCUGUUUGAAGGUCUUUCCAAUCUUGUUUAUUUAGAUUUGUGGAGAAAUUCAUUCUCUGGCAAUAUUCCCCACUCUCUCUUUGCUCUCCCUUCAUUGUUGAGACUUGAUCUUCACUACAAUCGGUUUAAUGGCACUUUGCAACUAGAUAAAUGUCAAAACCUUGCCAAUCUUACACGACUUAGUCUAUCUCACAAUAGAUUGUCUGUAGAUGUUGGCAACGUUAAUUCAACUUCAUAUGGAAGUUUCCAACUAAAAGUGUUAGGACUAGCUUCUUGUAACUUGUCCCAUUUUCCUAAUUUCAUCAAAUAUUUGGAUAUGGAAGAAGUGAACCUCUCACACAAUCGGAUUGGUGGGGAGAUACCUAGUUGGAUUUGGGGAACACAGCUUCAGUAUUUGAACCUCUCUUAUAAUCUUCUAACACAUCUGCAAAAGCCUUACCAUAUCCCUGCUUCUCUUGAAGAGCUAUACUUGCACUCUAACCAGCUCAAGGGUGAGUUGCACCUGCCCAUUCCACCUGCGUCUCAACUCAUGUACUUGUCUCUUGGUAAUAACAGUUUAAAUGGAUCCAUUCCAACCUCCCUUUGCAGUGCCACACAACUCUAUUUUCUUGACUUGUCUGCCAAUGAAUUAAGUGGCGGCAUACCCCCUUGCCUACUUGAGCGAAACAUUGGAGUGAUCAAUUUGGGGAGAAACAACAUCAGCGGUAGCAUUCCAGAUAAUUUUCCCAUGGAUUGUCAACUUGGAUAUUUGGAUCUCAACAAUAAUACUUUAGAAGGGAAAAUCCCAAAAUCCCUCAAAAGUUGCAAGUGGUUGCAGUUCAUGAAUGUUGGGAACAACAACAUCAAUGACAGUUUCCCGUGCAUGCUAUCAUCCAAGUGGUUGCACGUUCUUGUUUUGCACUCUAACAGAUUCUAUGGGGAAGUAAGAUGUCACAACAUGAGCUGGCCACAUCUCCAAAUUCUUGAUAUAUCUUCCAAUCAUUUCAGUGGAAAUCUGGAAUCAAUAAACUUUUCUAGUUGGAAGACAAUGAUUCUACAGAGUGAUGAACAAUUGAGGUACGGUGUUUCCUUGUGGAUUCCAUUAAGCGUCACAUUAACCAUGAAAGGGAUAAAUUCAGAGUUUCACACAAUUUGGUCAGAGUUUAGUACCAUUGAUUUCUCUUGCAAUAAUUUUGGAGGAGAGAUACCAAAUGCAAUCGGUGAUCUAACCUCACUUCAUCAGCUCAACCUCUCCCACAAUUCCCUCAAAGGAAGCAUCCCAAACUCAUUUGGUGAAUUGAGGAACCUCGAAUCUCUCGAUCUCUCUGGAAACCGACUGACGGGGUUGAUCCCGGUGGAGCUUGCAGGCCUCACAUUCCUUUCAUUCUUGAAUGUGUCCUACAAUAAGCUGGUUGGAGAGAUCCCAAAUGGCCGUCAGUUUCAAACAUUUUCAGCUGAUUCCUUCAAAGGAAAUCCGGAGUUGUGUGGUUUCAAUCUCAACAUAAGCUGCAGUGAUCAUUUCUCACCACAAGAAGAUGAAAAUGAGGAAGAGAAGAGCGAGAUCGAGUGGGAGUAUGUAUCUUCUGCGCUUGGUUAUGUUGUGGGAUUAGGAAGCAUUGCGUGGUUACAUUUGUUCAGCCGAAGCUUCAGAGAGAAGUAUUUGGGUAAAGUGGAAGAGGUGUUUGAAGAUAUAUGUGAUGCCCGAGAUAAGAAAAGAAGACGCGCAAGAAGAGUAGUGAGGAAUCGAGUAAGGAGACAAUAGUGUUGGUAUUGCUAUAUGGCCUAUGUUAGUGUGUGUUUUUGUGUAAGUUAUCAAUUCACAAGAUGUGUAAGACUAUGUAAUUUAUUGCUGUUUUUUUAGUUUC